UCGAUUCCAUCCCAACACGCCUCCCUUCCCCGACGCCGCGCCGCCUCCCUCUCCCGACUCCCCUUCAUCCCGACGCCGCGCCCCCUCCUCUGGUGCCCUCCCCCGGCGCCCACUCCUCCGCCGCCUCCUCCGACGCCCUCCCCCGGUGCCGCCUCCUCCAGCGCCCCCUCCUCCGCCGCGCUGCACCUCCUUCGUCUUCCCUUCCCCGACUGAAAGCUCGCCGCCGUUCAGAUCCGCUCACUCGGCGCUGCCCCGGACAGUUCCCCACGUCACCGAAGUCGGAGAAGCCGCGGGACCUCCACCUCCAACACGCCCUUCGCGUCCCUUUCUCCUCAUCGUCUCGUCCCUUCGCGUCUCCACUUCUCCCCGUCCCCCUCGCGGUUUUGCGCAUCUCUCUCUAUCUGCGCUCGCGGUGCUCGGCCAUGAUGGACUACCGCUUCGUGUACAAGGACGUGGAGGGGACGAGCACGCAGUGGGGCGACAGCCAGCGCCGCCUGGGGAAUCUACCCCCGAAGCCGGAGCCCUUCAAGUCGCCGGCUUUCGCUCCCAAGGUCGAGGCCGACGAGCAGCCCAAGUCCAAGGAAUGGCUUGACGCGCGUGAGCCCGAGGAGCUCGAGGAACUCGAGGAUGACCUGGACGACGACCGCUUUCUCGAGCAGUACAGGAAGAUGAGGCUUGCAGAGCUCAGGGAGGCAGCAAAAGCCGCACGAUUUGGCAGUUUAGUGCCAAUUACCGGAUCGGACUUCGUGCGUGAGGUGUCCCAGGCGCCAUCAGAUAUAUGGGUUAUCCAAACAGAAUAUGGAAUUUAAUUCAUGGAGAAAAAUUCCAUCCACACCCAAACAAAAAAAAUUGAAUUGAAUCAAAUUCUGAGUAAUUUA